CCAGACCAGAACUGGGACCCUUUGCACCUUACACAUCCAAGGAACAGCAUUUUCUUUACCAGUGCGACAAGCUGGAACACUUCCUGUGAGCAAUAGCAGAGAGAUACUGCAACUAAUGAGACUAUACAGCUCCUUGGGUAACAUUCCACAGCAGACCCAGCAACAGGUAAACACUGGAUUGGGACUGCCACCAGCACAACUGCUUCCUGAUCAGACAGCAUUGCUAGCACAACAGGCAAACCAGGUCUUCCCUACUUUAAAUUUCAUCCCAUUAACAAGGGUAUGGCCAUUUGGAGCAGAUAUCAAUCUAGUGAAUGGUGCAGCAGGAGGGGUGCCAAUUACACAGACACUGCCAACAGGAGCAGGUGGAGCGAAUACACAACAUCUGGUGCCGCAACAAGGAGUGCUUCCACUUAUACUAGGACAAAUGGGGCCACAGGGACUAGGUGUGAGCUCAGAGGAAAUGAUGUACCCUCAGCAUACUGGGACACGUGGAAUGGCUAGUAUGAGCCUUGAGAAGAUGAGGCAAUAUGGUCGACAAAACAUGAACAUGCUUCCACAGUAUGGUCGGUACGACUAUGGUGAACCAUUUAAUUCAGUCUGGCUGCAUGGUCUUCUCCCACCACACUCUUCAUUUCCAUGGUUACAGCAAAGACCACAAGAACGUGAGACCCAACAGUAUGAAUAUGCAAUGCCUGUACAUCCACCACCUCUGCCAUCGCAGCAGACCCCACUUCAGCCACAGCAACCAAGAUUACAGGCUCAGAAUCCUUCCCUGCGCUCAACGCUGCCCUCAAAGCAAGGUCAAAUACAGCAGAACGAAGUGUUGCCGCCCGUCCAAGUGGGACAGCCACCACUGCAGCAAGGAGAACUGCCUGGGAUUCAACAACUGGUACCAGCAGAGAAGCAGCUACAGUUACCAGCGCUGGAAUAUUCAGGGCAUUUGGGUCAGAUGAUGUACCCACUUGUCCAUCAGUUAGUCCACCAAGGUCCAAUGCAACCACAACAGCAAUCAGCAUUGCAUCCUGCCCUGUUUUACAUGUCCUAUGCAGCAAACCAAGGAGGUGCUCCUGCUAGGCUUGGCAUAGUGAGUUCAGAAGAAAUGCUGGGAGGUAGAGGUGGGGUACCCGCCUAUGGUGCCAUGAUUCCUGGAUUCAGAGGGAUGCCUCAGGACCCAGCCCUGCAGGGAGAUUUCACAACGGAAGAUGAUAACCCUGCUACAGCACAUAAUCCAGCCAUCCAAGGAGGCGCCAACCAGGGCCCCUCAAGAGGCUCCCAAUUUCCGGCAGUGAAUCCUGCAGGGCAUGGAAGUGCCAUACUUCUUCCAGAGGGGAUCCCAGCAGGACAGGAGGGUUUUUUGCCAAAUAUUAACGAUAUGCCAGGCCAAGGGGUCAAUCCUGUUGGUCAGAGAGGAACUCUAGGGGUGACUCCAACUGCUACAGCCCCAGAAUUAACACAGGGUAUCCCUGACAGCUUUAUGACCUUUGGUGCUGAGGGCACAGUACCUCUGGGUAUACAGAAAGAAGUGACCGUGGAGCCUACCAUGUUCCCAGAAGCUCAGCAUACGCUCAUGGCAGGAAAUGGGGCUGAACAGCCACAGGUUAUGCAAGAUGUCUGGCAUUUCCAAGAGCCCUGAGCAUAUUUUGGAAACAUACUCAUAUCAUUCAUGUAUACCCUAUGCCUGAUGCACUGGCCAACAAAUCUGUUUAUCUGCUUCUAUGGCAUUAGCAAUAAAACAUUUAAAUGUGUUUAUGCAGCUGUGGAAAUGCUGGUGCAACUUUAUUUUGUCUCUUUCCCAAAUGAGAAAGAAAAAAGCUCUCUUCACAUUCAAAUGAUUAAUAGUUCAACUAAAUCCUGCAGUUAAUUACCAUCAGUUUCCACCUCCCCCCUAGAAAUCAGUCAAAUUUCAGGUGUUUGUGGAGUGUCCCUGAGAAUAAAACCAGGAUGAUGUAUAACAAUUAUUUCUUUUUAAAACUUUGCCUUUAGAGAACUGAGAUGCAUUCUGAUAGACAUGUUGUUUCAUUCAAACAGUUAACCGGUGUUUAUGGCCCAAACCCCUGGCUUUGUUAAACAUGUUGGUCUAAUGCA